AUGGAUAUAAGAACUGAAAUGAACAUAUCUGAAGACGAAAUUCAGUCCGCAAACUGUUCUACACAAGCCACUAUCCAAGAUGAGGGUGUCUUACUAGAUGGUCUGGAAGACAGUACAAAACUGGUGGGUGUUCAAGUGAUCUUGAUUUUGGCUUACAGCACCAUCAUCGUCUUUGGCGUGACCGGGAACUCCUUGGUCAUAUAUGUUGUAUACAAGUUUAGAAAUUUACACACGGUGACUAACUAUUUCAUUGUCAACUUGGCUGUAGCAGAUUUGUUGGUCAACACAUUGUGUUUGCCUUUUACUUUGAUGUACACACUCUAUGGACAGUGGAAAUUCGGACAGGUGAUGUGCUACCUGUUGCCAUAUGCACAAGGUUUAGCGGUCCACGUUUCGACCAUCACACUCAACGUUAUAGCUCUGGACAGAUACCGCAGCAUUGUCUACCACAUGGAAACCAAGAUGUCAAAAGACAUGUGCAUAGUCGUCAUCGUGAUCACAUGGGUGGCAAGCGCAAUCCUUGCCAGUCCUCUAGCUAUCUUUCGUGAAUACGUGACCUUUGACUUGACGCCUGACCAGACGAUUCAAGGUUGCGCCGAGAAGUGGCCUGGAAGUAGUGCAGAUGGGACCAUCUACAGCAUCGCCAUGUUUUUUCUACAGUACGGCCUGCCGUUGUCAAUCAUUUCAUUUGCAUACACUCGAAUCUGGAACAAGCUAAGAAAUCACGUCAGCCCCGGCGGUGGCCGUAGCGACCGUCAUCAACGACGACAGAAAACUACAAAAAUGCUGGUGGCUGUAGUUGUGGUCUUCACCGUUAGCUGGCUACCCUUUCACGCUUUUCAGCUUGCUGUGGAUAUUGAUAGUAGUAUAUUGGAAAUGAAAGACUUCAAAUUGCUCUAUACGGCUUUCCAUACUGUGGCAAUGUGCUCCACUUUUGCCAAUCCCAUCCUCUAUGGCUGGAUGAACAGGAACUAUAGAAUAUCUUUUAUGGCUGUGUUCAAGUGUGGACGGUUAAACAAUGGAAUGAGAAGGGUUUGUAGCAGUGAGACUGUAAGGAAGAAAUGUACACACAAUAAGCAAAGUACAACCAGUGUGGCCUUCACACAAGAAAACACUCUGCUGUGA